UCUCUCUCACUCGGCUCUUUACACAGAGGAGUGGGCUCUACAGGCGAAAUUUGGAUCAGUACAUAGUGGAAUUCAGAGUUGUUGGGAGGAAGACCUACAGUUUACAUUAGGCUACUUUUUUUUUUUUUUUUACUUUUUGUCAUGAAUACAAUUUUAAACAAAACACCACUCCGCUUGCCUCCAUUCACGCACGUUAGGCAAUCGAGAGGAGUCAAAGACUUAAAACUACUUCCUUAGGUGCCAGUUACUGCAAAGUCGAACACGAAGAAGAAAAGUAAUAUUUGAUCCAUGCACGUUGUUAUGUUUUUUUUCUCUUUAUGGAAUGAGGAUCUAAAUACUUUCUCCUGAACAAGCAUUGAAGUAUGGAGAAUGUUACUCUUUUUCAAGACAACCAGACACAUGGAAAUUGGACCGACUACACCACUGAGUACAAAGUGGUUAGUAUAGUUUUGGUAGCCCUAAUAUGUGGCGUUGGUAUAGUGGGCAAUGUUAUGGUUAUCCUGGUCGUCCUUACCACCAAACACAUGCGGACACCCACUAACUGUUACCUGGUUAGCCUGGCUGUCGCCGACCUUAUGGUCCUGACGGCGGCAGGGUUACCGAACAUCACAGAGAGUUUAUACGGGGAGUGGGUUUAUGGAUAUGUUGGAUGUCUCUGUAUAACUUAUCUUCAGUAUUUGGGGAUCAACGCUUCCUCUUGCUCUAUCACGGCGUUUACUAUUGAGCGGUACAUUGCCAUCUGUCAUCCGAUUAAAGCGCAGUUCAUUUGCACACUGUCCAGAGCGAAAAAGAUCAUAGUGGCCGUGUGGACUUUUACCUCGCUCUAUUGUGUCAUGUGGUUCUACCUGUCAGAUUUGACACAAUUAGUGUUUGAUAACAUUACUCUUGUCACCUGUGGAUACAAAGUACCGAGGAGCUUCUAUUUGCCGAUAUACUUCACGGAUUUCGCUGUGUUCUACGUUGUGCCCCUCCUUUUGGCCAUGAUACUUUAUGGGCUCAUCGCAAGAAUUCUUUUCCUCAACCCACUACCAGCUGAUCCCAUAGAAAAGAGUAAAAAGUGGAAAAAGGAGUCAUGUUCAGGAUCUAAAGCACUUGGCUCUAAUAACUCAUCUUGUAGUAGGACUACAGCGACCUCACGCAGACAGGUGACAAAGAUGUUGGCUGUGGUGGUGAUUCUCUUCGCCCUGCUGUGGAUGCCCUACCGGACGCUGGUGGUGGUCAAUUCUUUUCUGACGCAUGCCUACCUGGACACCUGGUUCCUGCUCUUCUGCCGCCUCUGCAUCUACCUGAACAGCGCCAUCAACCCGGUCAUCUACAACGCCAUGUCGCAGAAGUUCCGCGCCGCCUUCCGCAAGCUUUGCCACUGCGGCCCGCAGCGCUCCGAGAAACCGCCCACAUACAGUGUGGCUCUCACCUACAGUGUCAUCAAGGACACCUCCAAUGGAGAAAGCCCCGACCACUUCACCACCGAGAUGGACGAGCUGGCCACCCACACCGAUCGGUUCCUCCCAGGCAGAAAGAGGCUGUCAUUUCAGGACCCACCCAUACUUACUGGUCAAGUCACCCAUAGCACUGCCUGACAACAUACAGUUUUGUGUUUUUCUUAACUUUCAGUUGUUUAGAUGGCCCAGAGAGAUGGGUUCAUGUCCACUUCACCCUUAAAAGACAAGACUUUGCUCUUUGUAAAGAAAUGUUUGUUUGUACAGUGGUGUUGUGGAUGUUGACAAACAGUGUUGAAAGCCUCCUGGGGAUCAACUAAGAUCACCAAUCUUUUGUGUAGCCAUGAUGUCAUGGGCUGUUACAGCUAAACAGCCCAUUGCUCUUAGAUCAGAGGUCUCCAUUGUGAGGGGUCCUAAACAACUUAAGGUAGACAACAGUGUGCAAAACAAAAGCAGGAGCAAUAUAUAAUGCUUGGCUGCUUGGAUAGCUGCCUGGCAACUGUUUGGUUAAAGGGAGAUUUAGCUGACGGAAAAUAAGCCAAGACCAUCCAAUUUUCCUGUCAGUAGAAUUGAUGGCUUGUGGCCUGCAACACAUCCCCACCAGAGAACUGUAUCCACAGUCCACCGAUAUCCAUCAGUGCUAAAGUUGGCCACUUGCGGGACCCGUUAUAGCGCCUUGUUCCCCUGCAACCACACUGGUUGGCUGACCACUCCCUUAACGCUAGGUACUCCAUUUCCCUGCGUAAGUGGUUUUCUUCACGGGCAGUGGGCCAACUCAAUGGCCCAGCGCAAUCAAUCUAUUUCCAUAUUUUCUCAUCGAGGAGUGCAUUCAUUGCAUCGAUUUUCCAUGACGGAGGUGUUUCAUGGCGGCAGCGAUUUUGCUAAUAAGGUUAGGUAUCAGGCAAAAGCAUGAGUUGAAGGAUUGCACCCCCCCACCCUACCCCCCGUGAAAUCACAUGGUUGGGUGUGUCAUUAUCAUUCCAAAUUGAAGUGUCAUUAUCAUUCUAAAUUGAAGCAAAGUCCAUGCAAAUGAUUUUAUUGUUUUAUUGUAUUUUUCCAUGAAUUGUUUGUUCUGUAAUACAGAUCCUUUUUGCAUCAUAACACAGCCGUGUUUUUUUUUUUUCAAACAUUCUGGUGCAGUAUCAUGUUUUAUCUUCAUUUAUUUGAAAAAUGUGUUUGAAUAGACAAACAACAUCUAUUUAGAGUGUUUUUAUGUGUAAGUAAUGAAAAUAACCUUUUACAACCCUGGCUGUAAGGGUGCUUCAGGAAGGGUCCUUAUUACUAAAACUGGCAGCAGAAAUCACUCCAUUACAAAGUUCAGACAUCGGUCACAUCUCUAAGGGUUUGUAUAAGGGAAUACGCCAAAUAACCUUUUAGUUAUGGAUUGCAACCCGUCUUUUUAAAAGGUUAAGCAGUUAGUGACUUAGCAGUAGGCCUAACUCCACAUUAAUAUCUGAAGACAGUGUGCUAUGUAAACCAACAUUUUAUGCCAUAAUCGCUGUUGUUAUGGUUCUAGUCUGCUUGUAUAAAUUACACCACCUUUGUACUGUUUGUGAUCCUUGGUCUCAGUAGCAGUUUAAUGUAGCCUGAAUCUUCAUACAGAUUUUUCUUUCUUAACUUUGCACUUUCUUCUGUAUUAUUAUUGUUACCAAGAGUGGUGAAGAGUUGUCAUAUGUUGUCAUAUGAAGAGUAUCUAUCUAAAAUGUACGGUGGAUUGGUUUGUUUUCAUAUUGCAGCAUGCAUAGCGUUUGCCACAUAACAUUCUGGUGUGAUUAAAGAAGUCCAUGGGUAGCAGUAAUACAGCACACCUGAUAUUCCAGAAGCACCGCAGUGUUUUGUCAUCAUCGGAUUUGUUUUCAUGAAUUGUUUUUGUAUUUUGUACAGUUGUUUGUCAGUGAUGAAUAAAGUCUUGAUGUGAAGUAGCAAACCCUCACAGUACACUGGCAAACACAUUUCCCAUGUAUUUCUUUCUACACCAUUCAUGCAUUGCCUUUACUUGAUGUUCUAUUCAAUCAUAUUUGUUAUUGCCUUAAU